CGUUGAUGCAUUGUCGCUAUGGUACUAUCGCACUAUCGCAUCGUCGGCCCUCUGGAUUGUAAUGUGUAACCGCGAUAGCCCUUACGAUAUUCCGUACUUACUGCAGUAUUGGACAUUGAGUUGGUGUAUUGGACAUCUGUUGUUUUAUAAUCUGGUGACAUGUGCUCAGGAAACGCGUUGAGAGGAUGUUGAGGUUGUGAACUACAUACGGAUCAAUAUACUCACGAUAGAUAGAUGGGUAAUGCAUAUUUAAAACGGACACUUCGCAUCUGUACUUGGAAGUACAAACAGCUUAAAUGGGUUUCCGAUUUUACAUGAAGAGUACAGCAAGCUUUUUAAUCGUCAUCUUUCUAAUCUACUUUUUUACACGUGAAACUUGGUUUUUGAUGAACGAGGUUUCAAGGACGAGGGCCGAUGGUGGUGUGGAUAGCAAUGAUUUAAAGCCUCUUCUGGAUUCAUUACAUGCUGCGUUUGCAGAGCAAGGAGAUUUGAAAGACACUAGCGAAGAUACGACGGAGUUUCCUGUCGAGUCUAGUAGCAAAACGGAAUCAAUGGCCAUUGUAGAGGCACAGAAAACAAAUGUUUCAGCGUCAUCUGUUCUUAGUCAUCAACUUGGAAACGCGCAAAGAUUUAUGAAAAACAAAAACAUUACCUUUUCGCAGAGUCCUUUAGAAAAGCAUCACGUCGUGUUUCUUAAAGUUCACAAAACAGGAAGUUCCACUGUGCAGAAUAUAUUUUUACGGUACGGAUAUCAUAGAAAACUAACGUUUGUGUUGGCACAUGAUGACGUGAGUCUUGCGGAAACGAACUUUCCGAACGUCAUUAGCUAUCGGAAUUCCCUUAAUGGCAAGAAUAUCUGUCCACCACCACAAGGACAGCAUUACGACAUCCUUUGUUGUCACGUUAUAUAUAAUAAAUAUAACUUUUCUCAAUACAUGCCGUCAGAUACGGUGUAUAUUGCAAUAGUAAGAGAUCCUAUUACACGAGUUGAAUCGGCCAUUCGGUAUUUCAACAUGUACCCGAAUGUCAACCUUGCGGAUUUUGCUUUGGAUCCUCUGAAAUAUGAUACGACACCCCACUCAAUGUCUAACAACAGAAUGGCUUUCGAAUUUGGAUUCCCUCUUGAACUUUUUCCCAGAAGAAAAAUAAGGAUUCCGGAUAAAGAAAAACGUGCUCAGGAUUACAUAAACGUAGUAAUAAAUGACUUCAGUCUUAUAAUGAUAAACGAAAGAAUGGACGAAUCUGUUAUUUUACUGAAGAGAAUAUUGGGUUGGUCGUUUAAGGACGUUGUUUAUCAGAAACAAAAUGUUGCGAAGAACAACAACAGAAGAUUUACAGAGACGGAUGUUGCAAAUCUUGAAAAGCAUCUGUAUUUAGAUACAGCAUUGUAUGUUCGGGCAUUGGCAGAGUUUAAUAAAAAGAUAGCGAAAGCUGGUAAAGAGUUUCUGGACGAGGUAGAAUAUUUUAAAACAAUUCAAAACAAAACUGCUGAAUUUUGUUCUCGUAAAACAUUUGGAGAUUCACCGUUGAGGUUUGAAAAAUCCCUAUGGGAUAAUUCAUUUGAAAUUGAUAAAUCCGACUGUGACCUGUUCACUAAAUUUGAAACCACAUUCAUACAAGACAUACGAAUGCAAAUGUAUGGGAAAUUAAAGAUUUAAUGAGCAUAUGUAGAAACUGUACUGCUGAUGUAAAUAUGUUUUAAUUACAUCUGGUUUAGACAAUAUUGUACAGCAGAUAUAUUAGGACGUGUAUACUUGAUUUCAUCUGAAACCUCGAUGCAUAAUUAUAAUAUCCUAUAUGAAACAAUAUGGAAACUAUUUCAUAGUAUUCAUAGUAUACGUUUUACAUGAAAAAUAUGAUAUCGUAGCAAUUUCAAUUGUUUGUCAUAUGAAAGACUGAAUAAACAAUUGUAUGCAGUCCAUUUACUGUAAUUUAAUUUAACAUUAAAACUUCUUGUUUAUGUUCA